AUGGCUUGUCCAAGGCUCUCCAUUUUGACUAUUUGCUUAUUACUCUUUGUUGUAGGUUUUGUCUUGCAAUCUUGUGAAGCUAGAAAGGUUUUAAUGCCUUACGAUGCCCGCACGGGAUUGUUUCUUAGUGCCUUGCCAAAGGGUAAUGUGCCACCUUCGGGUCCAAGCGACAAGGGUCACACUUCUCAGUCAAAGGACCAUUUGGACAAGCAUAUUGUGUCGGAGAUUCACCGCCAACUAGGAUCGGUCCCUAGCCCCGGCGUAGGUCAUUAG